GGGCGGUCAGGUGGAGUCAGAGAGACCAGCUGCCUGCACCCGGUUUCUUCCACCAAGUCGCCUUUGACCCCGUCAGGAUGAGUAUGUACGGGUCUCGGGGGAACCUGAACAUGGGCCGCAGGUCCGCGUCCAAAGGUGACCUGACCGGCGGGAUGACCCAACAUUACGCACGGAGCGAGGUGGUGCACGGAGGCGGCAAUGGAUACGAUCCCUACAUGGACGGUUACAACACCUACACCUUCUCUAAGUCCUCCAUGGGGGGGAUGGCCGGCGGCAUGGCGGGAGGCGGAAUGUCCGGCAUGACGAUGAGCAAUAUGGGCGGCGGGAUGUCCGGAGGGACGAUGGGCAGUAUGGGCGGCGGGAUGGCCAAAGGGAUGAGUGGCUCCAACCUCAGUGCCAUCCACCAGAGGGCCAUGGUCCUGCAGGGCCAGUGCCAGGAGUACCUGAAGAAAGCCGAAUACGCCCUUCAGACUGGCAGUGGGGAUGCAGAGCGCUACAUGGCGAUGGCUAAAGACACCAUUGAGCAGCUUAAGAGCUGCGCAAUCGACCUGAGACAGAUGGGACAGCCCAACGACAAUGUAGUCCAGACAUUGGAGAUGUGUAAGGACCAGCUGAGGGGCGUCCACAUGGCCAUCACAGGCACCAUGCAGAGGAGGAGGAGCACCAGAGGGAGUGGCGGAGGCUGGGACGAGCCUGGACGGAGCUUCCAAGACGCUAUGGGCUGGAUCGCCCAGCAAAAGCGUCUGAUUGAAACAGCUUCCUGGGGAGACGAUCAAGCAGCCAUCGAGCAGCAGCUCAUCAACCACCAGAAGUUUCACAGCUCCAUCCAGAGGAGCCAUGAGAUGGACCGAGCCAGAGACGACCUGAUUAAGAAAGGAGACAAGGGAAACCUUCAUGCUCUGGACCAAGAAUGGGACAGUUUGCAGAAAAUGUCUUUUGGUCGGACUCAGCAGCUGCAGGAGCUCCAGCAGAUCAUCCAGGAGAUGUCCAAGGAGAUCAUGUGGGUGAACGACAGGGAGGAGGAGGAGCUCAUGUUUGACUGGGGUGACAAGAACAUCGACCAGUACAUCCCCAAGAAGCAGGAGAGCUACUCGAAACUGAUGAGUGCCCUGGAGAUCAAAGAGAAGGACCUGAAUAAACUGAAAACCAAAGUGGACACCCUCCUGAAUAACAACCAUCCAGCUUCAGACAAGAUCGAGGCUUACAGAGACACGCUGCAGACUCAGUGGAGUUGGCUCCUGCAAAUUACAAAGUGCAUUGAUGUUCAUCUGAAGGAGAAUGCAGCUUACAACCAGUUCUUCAAGGAGGCCAAUGAGACGUACAGCAACCUGCAGAAGGAACACGAGACGGUACGAAAGAAGUUUGUCUGUGACAAGAACACGUCACUGGAAGACCUGCUGGACGUCCUCAGGGGACUGGAGAUGGAGAAGGAGAAGAUAAUGGAGAACAAGAGGCAGGUUCACCAUCUGGCGAACAGGUCCAAGAACAUCGUGAGACUGAAACCCAGAAACCCUGAAGAGAAGAGCAACAACUCCAUCAUCGUCAAAGCCCUGUGUGACUUCAGACAAGACCAGAAGGUGAUCCUUAAGGGCAACGAGGCCAUCCUGAAGGACAACAGUCAGCGCAGUAAGUGGGAGAUUACAGGCCCGGGAGGACUGGAUAUGACGGUGCCCUCCGUGUGUCUGAUCAUACCACCUCCCAAUCCACUCAGCAUCAGUCUGGCCAACAAGAACGAGCAGUACUACGAGGCCAUACUGUCAAUCUGGAAUCAGCUCUUCAUCAACGUCAAGAGUCUGAUCGCCUGGCAGUACUGCCUCCUGGAUAUCAGACGCAUCAACUCCCUCACCAUCUCCAUGCUAUCCAAGAUGCGUCCUGAGGAGUACCGUCAAAUCAUCAAGAGCCUGGAGACUCACUUUGAGGAGUUCAAAGUGAGCUGCAGCGGCUCCCAGAUGUUCGCUGAGGAGGACAAGAGGAGUAUGGAGAACCAGUUCAAUGGAGCCCAGAACCAUUAUGAACAGCUGGUGGUGCAGCUGCCCACUUACAUUGCUCAACAGGAACAGAUAGAAAUACAACAGGUAGCUGAGCAGCAGCAACAAUAUCAGCUGAUUAUAAUCCAGCAGCAGCAACAAGCUGCAGCCGAAGAGGAAGCCAGGAGGCAGGAGGAAGAGAGACGUAGAUUGGAGAUGAGGAAACUUGCAGAGAGGAAAGCAGAAGUCAAGAAAGAGGUGGUGAAAAAAGAUCAGGUGAUUAAGAAGACAGAGCAGGUGAAGAGGAAGGUGCUGCUGUCCUCCUCUUCUGCCUCGUCUGCCUCCUCAUCCUCACGCAGCUUAUCUGAGCUGCACGAGCUCAGACUGAGGCUGGAGGCCAUUGAGGGCACGCUGAGUCAGCACAUUCACAUCUGCCUGGGAGACAACGGGGUGCACGACUGCGGCCUCAAGAUCAUUGAGUUAGAGUCAGUCCAGCAUGACAUCGACUCGAUGCGUGAGGAGUACUUACGCCUGAGGGAGCGUAUUUUGAAGGAGCUGGAGGGGAUGAGUGAUUCAGAUAAAGCCCAGUUCCUCCGCAGUGAGGUUGGAGUCAUCAACCAGAGACUGGGCAGCCUGGAGAGCUGCUCAUCAGCUUACCUGCACCGGCUGCGGGCUCUAAGGGACUUGCUGGAGAGUGUGGCUCGAGCUGAGGACAUAGUGAAAGUUCAUGAGGCGAGACUGACAGAGAAAGAGACCACCUCUCUGUCGCCCAGUGAGGUGGAGGAUUACAUGUUGACCCUGAAGAACAUUAAAGCAGAACUGGAUCAGAAGAAGGAUGUCCUGGCCACCAUGGAGGCAGAGUUGGACAAGGCGACCCAUUGGAACAGCCAGGUGGGCGGGCCUUUCCACAGGUGUGACAUGAUGCUGUGCAAAUACGGUGAGCAUGUGGGGCUGCUGUCGGACCGCUGGAGGCGAAUCAACGGACAGAUUGACACCAGGCUCGUGGAUUUGCGGUCAUAUCAUCCUCAGCUGGAGCACUACAAGCAAACCAGCGCCUCUCUUUUUGACUGGAUCAAUGUCACACGGAAAAAACAAGACGCCCUGCAGGCCACCAAGAUAGACAACAUCCAGGCACUGAUAGACCAUAUUAACAACCAGAAGGCCCUGAACUCAGAAAUCAAAUCAAAGAGGGAGACAGUUGAGAUGGUGCUGAAGGACAAUGAGGCCUGUGUUAACUCUAUCAAGGACUAUGAAACUGACCUGGCCUCUUACACCUCUGGUUUGGAGAGUCUGCUUAACAUCCCCAUAAAGAGGACGAUGCUGAAGUCACCAUCAAUGGAUCUUAAUCAGGAGGCUACAGAACUGCAAACCCGUUACUUGGAGUUGCUUACCCUGUCUGGUGACUACAGCAAAUACCUGGGAGAGCUGCACAAAAACAUGGAGGAGCUCAAGAUUCGUAACACCAGGAUUGACCUGUUAGAGGAGGAACUUCGGCUUCUGCGCGAUGGCAUCGGAGACCGUGACGCCAAGAACAAAUCUCUUGAAGAGGCUGUUGCCCGCUAUCAGCUGGAGCUGUCCCAGUCGCAGGACACGCUGCUGUCGAUGGAGGAGGUGAAGCAGAAUGCUGCAGCACAGUGCAGUGCCACCAGAGAGAGCCUAGACAGCACUCAGAGCCAGCUGUCAGACCUCAAUGAUCAAGUGACACGUCUGAAGUACUUGCUCGAGGAAGAGAAGAGGAAGAGGAGGCUGGCAGAGGAGCGCUACACUCAGCAGCAGGAGGAGUAUGAUUUGGUGCUGAGGAAGAGGCAGAAGGAGCUGGAGACGGUCAGCUGGUCCAAGACGGAGGUGGAGAAGAGUGUGGCAAGUAAGGACCAUGAGAUUGAACAGCUGCGCCGACAGCUGGCUGCGGAAGCAGCAAAGAGCAAGGAGCUACAGAAGGAGUUGUCAAAGGUAAGAAGCCAGUGCAAUACGGAGAUCAGUAACUUAAAGCUCAGCUACGAAUCUGAGAUCCACGUCAGCCGCACAGAUAUCCAGAGGCUGGAAACCCAGAGGGAGGGGGAUACAGCUGAGUUCCAGCUGCAGUAUGACAGGAUGGUGGCACAGAGGAGGAGCCUGGAGGAGGACAUCAGGAGGCUCAGGAUGUCUGUCAAUGAGGCUGAAGAACAAAAGAAGAGAGCAGAGGAAGAAGCUCACAGCCAGCAUGCUGUCAUCACAGAGGAAGUGCACAAGAGGAGAGAACUGGAAAGUCAGGUGGAGGCCCUGAUGAAUCAGAUAGAUGAGGAAGGCAGCCAGUAUAGAGAGGAGCUGGCUGAAGUCAUGAGAAGUCUGCAAGAGAAGAGUGAGGAGCUGGCCUACAUCACACACAGUCUAGAGGAGGAGACCCGCAGGAGAAGAACUAUAGAGGAGGGGAAGGUUGUGCUUGAACAGACUUUGGCAAAGCAGGAGGUGAAGCUAACCAGUUCAUCAAAGGCUGUGACCGAGCUGGGGGAGUGCAAGGAGGAGCUUCAGAAGAUCCGUUUGGAGCUGGAGAGAGAGAGUAGGGAGAGAAGCAGAGUAGAACAGAACAUGAUCAGGUUACAGGGACGCAUGAAGGACCUUCAGGCUGUGAGAGAUGGAUUGGAGAGCCAAGUGGAGACUCUUAGGAGGGUUAACCAAGAGGAAGUGGCCAGAAGACAGCAGGUAGAAACAGAUCUGGACCAGGCCUCGUUAGCCAUGAAAGAGUACAACAGCACCAUUACCGCACUGCGCCAGAGCCAAGACCAAGCCAGCAUGUCAGAAAGGAGAGGUGAGGAAGAACGUCUUAGGUUGCAGGAGGAGCUGGAGAGAAGCUUGAGGCAAAACAAGACCUCUGCAGGGCACAUGACACAGCUGAGUGCAGAGCUGAAGGCCCUGCAGCAACAACUCCUCCAGGAGCAGGCCAGGGUCAAAGAGGCAAACCUCAAGAAUGAAAGUCUUUACAGAACUAUUGAGGAGAGAAGUAAGGCACUGGAUGAUAACACUGUUGAACUUCAAAGGCUGAAGGAGUUGACAGAAAGUCAGACCAAAGAGAGGCUGAGGGUGGAAGAGGAACUGAGGGAAUCACGACAGGAUAAAGAAGAACUCUUGAGAUCCAGGCAGAAGUUUGAUGAUGAGCUCUCCUCCCAGAUUGCUGCCCUUGAGCUGCAGCUGCAGGCCAGUGAGCGCAGCAAUAAAGAUUACCGCAACCUAGUUUCAGAGCUCUCCUCAGAGAGGGAGAAACUCAAGCUGGAGACAAAGAAAAUACAAAACCAGGCCACCGAGACAACAGCGACAAUGCAAUCCAUUCAGUCCCAGUACAAUGACAUUGUAAUGGAGAGAGAUGCUCUGUUGCGGAAACUUCAAUUGUUGGAAAAGGACAAAGAUCGCGCUCAAAGGCUAGAGGAGGAUCUUAGUCACAGCAAAAUGACUCUAGAGUCUGAGCUUCGCAAUAAACAACGUCUACUGGAUGAUAAUGAAAGGAUGAAGAGGGAUUUAGGUUAUUGGAAAGACCAGUAUGAUAGUAAGCAGGGUCUAAUCAGGCAAUAUGACUCAGACAAGGACCGCCUGGAGAGGGAAAAGAACUCUUUGAAAAGUGAGAUAGAGAGGCUGAUGAGGGAACUCAAGGAGCUUGAGGAGAAACAUAAAAGUAGGCUUGCAGGCCUCCAGAAAGAACUGCGAGAGGUGACUGUUCACAGACAAACCAUGGAAACUGAGCUGAAGAGAGCUAGAGAGCCCCCAACCUUGGAUGUGGUGAUUUUUGAUGGCGUCCGCAAAACAGUCACAGCAGACCAGCUGCUUGACUGUGGUGUUUUGGACAAACCUACAUUUAACCAGCUUGUGAAGGGGCAAAAGACUGUCUCUGAUGUUUCUGCUGACAAAAAAAUCAAUCUCAAAGGAACAGGACCAAUAGCUGGGGUGGUAAUUGAAGGUCCGAAAGGUCCAGGGUCUAUUACUGGACCCCUAUGCAAAAUGACUUUUACCGAAGCCAAGAAAGAGAAUCUUCUGCCACCAGAUAGCGCUGAUCUGCUACUGGAUGCUCAGGCUGCUACAGGCCACAUAAUUGACCCAAGAACUAAUCAGAAGUUGACAGUUGAUGAGGCAUGUAAUCAAGGUGUAGUUGAUGAAGAGGACAGAGAGAGGUUGCUUGCAGCAGAAGCUGCAGCUGUAGGAUAUAGUGGUCCUGGCACAAGCAAACCCCUUUCAGCAUUUCAGGCCAUGAAGAAAGGACUGAUUGACAAGAAUACAACACUACGCCUGCUACAAGCCCAGGAGUCUGUUGGAGGAAUCCUAGAUCCUGUUCUCAGUGUAUUCCUUCCCAAAGACACCGCCAUUGAGCGCAACUUAAUUGACAGUGACACACAGCAGGCUCUGAAUAAGAGACCUGAGCUCUACCUGGACCCAGAGAGUGAGGAGGGGGUUACCUAUACAUCAAUGAAGAGGAGAUGUAGAGUAGAACCACACACAGGCCUUCUGCUUCUUCCCAUCACUGAGAAAGUAGACCCCUCCAAACUUGUCUUUGAUGGUGUUCGGAAGCCUGUCACAGCCAGGCAUCUGGCUGAUUGUGGUGUACUGGACAAGCCAACAUUAAAAGAUCUAGAAAAGGGAAAGAAAACUGUCCCAGAAGUGUCUGUAGACAAAAAAGUUAAUCUGAAGGGGACUGGGCCUAUUGCUGGAGUUAUUGUGGGGAGUAAAGGCAAAAUGUCUUUGUCAGAGGCCAAGAAACAGAUGCUGAUGCAGGAAGAUAUUGCAGAUUUGCUACUGGAAGCACAGGCUGCCACAGGCCAUGUCAUUGACCCCAGAACCAAUCAGAAGCUGACUGUAGAAGAGGCAUGUGUGAGAGGGGUGGUGGAUAUUAUGGAUCGAGACAAAUUAUUGGCAGCAGAGGCUGCCGCUGUGGGAUACAAGGAUCCCAGUGUAGCCAAGCCUCUCUCAGUGUUUGAGGCCAUUAAGAAGCGGGUAAUUGAUGAGACAACUGGGCUACGUUUGCUGCAGGCUCAGGACUCUGUGGGAGGCAUUCUAGAUCCACACCUCAGUGUGUUCCUCCCCAAAGAUACAGCUAUCAAGCGCAAGCUUUUGGAUCAAAACCUCCGUCAAGAUCUAAACCAGAGUCCUAAGUGUUACCUUGACCCAGACACUGAGAAUGAUGUCAGUUAUGGGGCACUGAAGAAGAGAUGCAAGACAGAGCCUCACACAGGCCUUCUGCUUUUGCCAAUCACUGAGAGGCUAGACCCCACCAAACUUGUCUUUGAUGGUGUUCGGAAGCCUGUCACAGCCAAGCAGCUGGCUGAUUGUGGUGUGCUGGACAAGCCAACAUUAAAAGAUCUAGAAAAGGGAAAGAAAACUGUCCCAGAGGUGUCUGUAGACAAAAAUGUUAAUCUGAAGGGGACUGGACCUAUUGCUGCAGUUGUAGUUGGAAGUAAAGGUAAAAUGUCUUUGUCAGAAGCCAAGAAACAGAUGCUUCUGCCUGAGGAAAGUGCAGAUUUGCUACUGGAAGCACAGGCUGCCACAGGCCAUAUCAUUGACCCGAGAACCAAUCAGAAGCUGACUGUAGAAGAGGCAUGUGCAAGAGGGGUAGUGGAUAUUAUGGAUCGAGACAGAUUAUUGGCAGCAGAAGCUGCUGCUGUAGGCUACCAGGAUCCCAGCACAGCUAAACCUCUCUCAGUGUUUGAAGCCAUAAAGAAGGGACUAAUUGAUGGGACAACUGGGCUACGUCUGCUGCAGGCUCAGGAGUCUGUGGGAGGCAUUCUUGACCCCAACCUCAGUGUGUUCCUACCCAAAGAUACAGCUAUCAAGCGCAACCUUUUGGAUGAAAACCUCUCACGUGCUCUAAACCAGAGUCCGAAGUGUUACCUUGACCCAGACACUGAGAAGGAUGCCAGUUAUGCGGCACUGAAGAAAAGAUGCAAGACAGAGCCUCACACAGGUCUUCUGCUUUUGCCAAUCACUGAGAAGCUAGACCCUUCCAAAUUGAUCUUUGAUGGUGUACGGAAGCCAGUAUCAGCAAAGCAGUUGUUUGAUUGUGGGGUCUUGGACAAACCAACAUUGAACCAACUAAUGAAGGGUGAGAAAACUGUCCCCGAAGUGUCAGUGGAUAAGAAGGUAUUUCUAAAGGGGACAGGACCAAUUGCUGGUGUGGCAGUUGGACCUUCAGGAAAAAUGUCUUUUUCAGAGGCCAAGAAACAGAAGACUAUGCCCACAGACAGUGCAGAUUUACUUCUGGAUGCCCAAGCUGCUACAGGCCACAUCAUUGACCCCACAAACAAUCAAAAGCUGACUGUAGAGGAAGCAUGUGCAAGAGGAGUGGUGGAUAAUAGGGAUCGAGAUAGACUCUUAGCAGCAGAAGCUGCUGCUGUUGGCUACCGGGAUCCUACUACAACUAAGCCUCUCUCAGUGUUUGAGGCAGUGAAGAAGGGAUUAAUUGAUAGGGAGACUGGGUUACGUCUGCUGCAGGCCCAAGAAUCUGCUGGGGGCAUUCUAGAUCCAAAUCUAAGUGUGUUCUUUCCUAAAGACACAGCUAUUAAGCGCAACCUUUUGGAUGAAGACCUCUGUCGUGCUCUAAACAAGAUGCCUGAGUGUUACCUUGACCCAGACACUGAACGCGAUGCCAGCUAUGGGGCAUUAAAGAAAAGGUGCAAAACAGAGUCUCACACAGGUCUAAUACUACUGCCAAUCGCUGAGAGGAAAGAUCCAACCAAAUUGAUGUUUGAUGGUGUCCGUAAGCCAGUCUCAGCACAGCAGUUGUUUGAAUGUGGUGUCCUUGACAAGCCGACAUUUAACCAGCUAGUAAAAGGGGAGAAAACUGUUCCAGAGGUGUCACUGGAAAAGAUAGUCAAUCUGAAAGGCACUGGACCCAUUGCUGGGGUUGAAGUUGGAUGUCAAGGCAAAAUGUCUUUGUCAGAAGCCAAGAAACAGAUGCUUCUGCCUGAGGAAAGUGCAGAUUUGCUACUGGAAGCGCAGGCUGCCACAGGCCAUAUUAUUGACCCUAAAACUGAUCAGAAAUUAACAGUAGAGGAGGCAUGUGCCAGAGGGGUGCUGGACAUCAGGGAUCGAGACAAAUUAUUGGCAGCGGAGGCUGCUGCUGUGGGAUACAAUGAUCGUAGUGCAGCCAAGGUCCUCUCAGUGUUUGAAGCCAUAAAGAAGGGACUAAUUGACAAGACAUCUGGGCUACGUCUGCUGCAGGCUCAGGAGUCUGUAGGAGGCAUUCUCGAUCCACACCUCAGUGUGUUCCUACCCAAAGAUACAGCUAUCAAGCGCAACCUUUUGGAUGAAAACCUCUCUCGUGCUCUAAGCCAGACUCCAAAGUGUUACCUUGAGCCAGAAACUGAGAAUGAUGCCAGUUAUGGGGCACUGAAGAAAAGAUGCAAGACAGAGCCUCACACAGGUCUUCUGCUUUUGCCAAUCACUGAGAAGCUAGACCCUUCCAAACUGAUCUUUGAUGGUGUACGGAAGCCAGUGUCAGCACAACAGUUGCUUGAUUGUGGGGUGCUUGACAAACCAACAUUUAAACAACUAAUGAAAGGGGAGAAAACUGUCCCUGAGGUUUCGGUGGAUAAGAAGGUCUUUUUAAAGGGGACAGGAUCGAUUGCCGGUGUGGCAGCUGGACCUUUAGGGAAAAUGUCUUUAUCAGAUGCAAAGAAUCAGAUGCUCAUGCCCCAGGAUAGUGCAGAUUUGCUUCUGGAUGCCCAGGCUGCCACAGGCCACAUCAUUGAUCCCACAAACAAUCAAAAGCUGACUGUAGAGGAAGCAUGUGCAAGAGGAGUGGUGGACAAUAGGGAUCGAGAUAGACUCUUAGCAGCAGAAGCUGCUGCUGUGGGAUACAAGGAUCGUAGUGCACCCAAGCCCCUCUCAGUGUUUGAGGCCCUGAAAAGGGGUCUAAUUGAUAGGAAGACUGCGUUGCGCCUGCUGCAAGCCCAGGACUCUGUGGGAGGUAUUCUAGAUCCAAAUCUAAGUGUGUUCUUUCCUAAAGACACAGCUAUUAAGCGCAACCUUUUGGAUGAGGACCUCUGUCGUGCUCUAAACAAGAUGCCUGAGUGUUACCUUGACCCAGACACUGAACGCGAUGCCAGCUAUGGGGCAUUAAAGAAAAGGUGCAAAACAGAGUCUCACACAGGUCUAAUACUACUGCCAAUCGCUGAGAGGAAAGAUCCAACCAAAUUGAUGUUUGAUGGUGUCCGUAAGCCAGUCUCAGCACAGCAAUUGUUUGAAUGUGGUGUCCUUGACAAGCCAACAUUUAACCAGCUAGUAAAAGGGGAGAAAACUGUUCCAGAGGUAUCUAUAGAAAAGACAGUCAAUCUGAAAGGCACUGGACCCAUUGCUGGGGUGGAAGCUGGACGUCAAGGCAAAAUGUCUUUGUCAGAAGCCAAGAAACAGAUGCUUCUGCCUGAGAAAAGUGCAGAUUUGUUACUGGAAGCGCAGGCUGCCACAGGCCACAUCAUUGACCCUAGAACCAAUCAGAAGCUGACUGUAGAGGAGGCAUGUGCCAGAGGAGUGGUGGAUAUUAGAGAUCGAGACAGAUUAUUGGCAGCAGAGGCGGCUGCUAUUGGCUACCGUGAUCAUAGCACAGCUAAGCCACUUUCAGUGUUUGAGGCAAUGAAGAAGGGACUCAUUGAUGGGACAACUGGGCUACGUCUGCUGCAGGCUCAGGAGUCUGUGGGAGGCAUUCUAGAUCCGAACCUCAGUGUGUUCUUCCCCAAAGACACAGCUAUCAAGCACAGCCUCUUGGAUGAUAAUCUCCGUCAAUCUCUGAACCAGAGUCCCAAGUGUUACCUUGAUCCAGAAACUGAGAAUGAUGCUAGUUAUGGGGCACUGAAGAAAAGAUGCAAGACAGAGCCUCACACAGGUCUGCUGCUUCUGCCAAUCACUGAAAAGUCAGACCCUUCCAAACUGAUCUUUGAUGGUGUCCGUAAGCCAGUAUCAGCACAGCAGUUGCUUGAUUGUGGGGUUCUUGACAAACCAACAUUUAACCAACUAAUUAAAGGGGAGAAAACAGUUCCUGAGGUGUCUGUGGAUAAGACGGUCUUUUUAAAGGGGACAGGAUCAAUUGCUGGUGUGGCAGCUGGACCUUUAGGGAAAAUGUCCUUUACAGAGGCAAAAAAACAGAAGAAAAUGCCAUCUGACUGUGCUGACAUGCUACUCAAUGCUCAGGCAGCCACAGGCCACAUCAUUGACCCCAGGAAUAAUCAGAAACUGACAGUGAAAGAAGCAUGUGCUAGAGGAGUAGUAGACAAGGAGGAUGAAUCAAAGCUGUAUGCUGCUGAGGCUGCUGCUGUAGGUUACAGAGACCCCAGUACUGCCAGGCUCCUGUCAGUUGGCCAGGCCAUGAAGAAGGGAUUAAUCAACAGGGACACAGCUCUACGGAUGCUUCAGGCUCAACAGGCAGUAGGGGGUAUUUUUGACCCUGUCCUGAGUGUAUUCCUUCCCAAAGAUAUUGCUAAGGAUAGGGAUCUCAUAGAUGAGGAUCUAUACUGGGCCCUGAACCAGAAUCCUGAGUGCUUUCUGGACCCAGACACCCAACAAGCAACCACCUAUAUAUCUCUAAAGAAAAAAUGCAAAGCAGAUCCAAGGACAGGUCUUUUGUUCCUCCCUGAACCUAAAAAGCCAUUAACUGUCCAGGGGCUCAGGGAUCAGGUGUUGGUCACAGAUCUAGUGGAUGCUAAUUUGCUGGAACGUUCUGAUAUGGACAAACUGAGGGAGGGCAAAUUGAUGAUCAAGGAUGUUGAAGACCGUCUGCACCCCUACCUUAGAGGUUCAACCUGCAUAGCAGGAGUUUAUGAUGAGGCGAAUGAUAAGAUGAUGUCCAUUUAUCAGGCCAUGAAAGAUGGACUGUUGCAACCAGGGACAACUCUGGAACUGCUUGAGGCCCAGGCUGCCUCAGGCUUCAUUGUUGAUCCUGUCAACAACCUUUACCUGACUGUUUGUGAUGCCUACAGUAAAAGGCUGUUCGGGCCAGAGUUUAAGGACAACCUUCUAUCAGCAGAGAAGGCUGUGGCUGGUUAUAAACUGCCAGGCACAGACAAGACUAUAUCUCUCUAUCAGGCCAUAGAAAGAGGUCUAGUGGAGAAAGUUCAUGGCAUCCGUCUGCUAGAAGCCCAGAUUGCUAGCGGUGGUAUCAUUGAUCCUGAACACGGCCAUCGUAUUGAUGUGAACACAGCCUACAAGAGAGGUUGCUAUGAUGAGAAAAUGAAAAAGAUCCUGACAGAUCAGAGUGCUGACUCUAAGGGUUUCUUUGACCCAAACACAGAGGAAAUCCUAACCUAUUCAGAGCUUAAGAAACGCUGUAUAACAGAUAAAAAGACUGGCCUCAUCCUUUUGCCUAUUGUGGACAAGCAAAAACAAGAGUCAACUCUGAAGAACACUCUGAGAAAGAGGAGGGUGGUUAUUGUGGACCCAGAGACUAAUAAAGAGAUGACAGUACGUGAAGCAUAUAACAAAGGAUUAAUAGACCACGAGACCUUCCUGGAGCUGUCUGAGCAGGAGUGCGAGUGGGAGGAGAUCACUAUCACCGCUCCAGAUGGCACCACACAGUUUGUUAUCAUUGACAGGAAGACUGGAAGACAGUAUGAUAUUACUGAUCUGCUUGAAAAACGAGUAAUUACUCAAUCUGAUCUAGAUAGGUACAGAUCACGUGCCAUCACCCUUACUCAAUUUGCAGACAUCAUCACCAGCAAGGCCAAACAUGGAUCAUCUUCACCAUCAUUAUUAUCAUCAUCAACUUCCAGACCAGUACCAUCAGUAGCCUCAGUUACAUCUUCAGUUAUAUCAUCGUCAUCAUCAUCAACUUCAAGACCACUGGAAGCCUCAGGGUCAUCCUCAGUGAAACUAUCUUCAUCAUCAACUUCAAGACCAUCAGCAGCCUCAGGUAUAUCCUCAAUGAUGUCAUCGUCAUCAUCAUCAUCGACAACAACUUCAAUGUCUGCAUCUUCAGGUGCAUCAUCAGUGAAAUCAUCAACAACUUUUAGAACAACAGGAGCCUCAGCUCCACUGUCAGUGUCAUCAUCAUCAUCAUCAUCAUCAGUCUCGUCAAGACCCUUAUCACCUACUCUCGCCAAGAUGACCACAACAAGAACUACCACUGUUACAGGGCGAGGCAGUGCAAUCCGCAGUGUAUCUCCAGAUUCACGUGAUGGCCUUAGGAAUAUAUCCAGUGUGUCUAUCAGCCUUGCCUCCCCUAUUGAAACAGUAGGUGAACAGGAACCUGUGGGUGCCGUCUUUGACACAGAGACUCUAGAAAAGAUAUCAAUCACAGAGGCUCUAGAUCGUGGUCUGGUGGAUUCCAUCACUGCACAGAGACUACUGGAGGCUCAGGCCUGCACUGGAGGAAUUGUCAAUCCCACAAAUGGCCAUAGGCUUGGCAUCCAAGAGGCCUCCCGCCUGGGUAUAAUAGAUGAUGACAUGGUCCCUAAACUCAAGCCUGCCCAGAAAGCCUACAUUGGCUUUGAGGAUGUUAAAACUAGGAAGAAGAUGUCUGUUGCUGAGGCAAUGAAGGAGAUGUGGGUGCCAUAUGAGGCAGGGCAGAGGUUCAUGGAGUUCCAGCUUGUGACAGGGGGGCUUUAUGACCCAGAAAGGGGCUGUCGGAGAACCAUCCAAGAUGCUUUGAAAAUGGGCUGGCUCGAUGAGAGAGCAGCUCAGAGGCUCCAAGACAUCAACCAUCACACAAAGAACCUAACCUGCCCGAAGAGCAAACUUAAGAUCUCUUACAAGGACGCUCUGGAUAAAUGCCUGGUCGAGGAAAGCACAGGGGUGAAAAUGCUCCAGGCAUCAUCUGUGUCUUCAAGAGGAAUCAGCAGUCCUUACAAUGUCUCCUCUGCCCCAGGAUCCACCACCGGAUCCAGGAGUGGCUCACGAAGAAGUUCACGCAGGAGCAGUUUGGACUUAGGCUCCCCUACCUCCUCAUUAACUGGAGGCCACGGUCAUUCUAGCUUCAGCUUCUUUUCCUCGUCUUCCACCAAAUAAAUCAAGAAAAGGUUCUGCUCACUCAUAGUAUUCUCAUGCAAAUGAAUCCAGUUUUAUUGAGAGUACAUUGAUUGUUCAGAAAAGAAUUGGAAAUUGUGUGGGUGGUGUGAGAUAAAAAAUUCAAAACUAUUUUUGUAUAGUUUUAGAUUUUAGCUUUGGUAUUGCUAUGCUUUUAAAAAAUGCUGUAAUUCAAGUGAUUAUCGAAAAAAAAAAUGCCAAGCUGUUUCUUUAUGAAAGUGGACAUAAGUAUUAAUGGCACCCAUCAAAAGGUAUUUUGAUUGAAAAUUAAACAUGUGAUUAUAAAUGUUGGUGCCUCUAAAAUAGGCUUGGAAAUGAUUUCCAUGUUCUUGCAUACACAUAUUUCAAAUAUAGUUUUUCAAAAUCUUCAUGGAAUGAUAUAUCUUUGUAAGCUUUACAUUAGUAACAAUAACAUAGUAGUAUCGUGUUUACAUUAUUUGGACAUCUAAAAUGCCUAUUUUGUGAGAGAAGGGAUGCAAGGUUGAGAUACAUUUAUUUGCUUUUUUUUUACAGAAUCAGUUGUCAAACAUUGUUUUUGCUGUUUAGUGCUUCGUGUUUUGUAACAGUUUCUCAAUAUCUUAAAAUAAAAGCUGAGCUUUGAGUCUUUUGCUCAUAGGGA